AUGAUGUGGCGGCAGCUCCUGGUCCUAUUCUUCCUCCUCUCUUUUUUCUUGCUCCUCACUGUGGGCUCAUUUUUCCAGGGAGAAGUCAAAAUUUGGACACUGGGGAGAUUUGCUUUCCCGGGCAAGUGCACAAGUGGAUGCUGCCGCCGGGCGGCAGAGAACUGCGAGUCGCACAGCUCCUUAAAGGGGUCUGAGGGCGGCACGUGUCACACAGAGACGUUCCUCGGCCUGUAUAACAAAUGUCCCUGCCAGCAGGGCCUGACUUGUAUAUUUCCGAAGAAUGAGAAAUCGUUUAAAAUCAUCUACGGCCAUUGUAAGAAAAUUGAAAAAAAAGAAGCCAGCUAAGAAAACUUUCUUUUAAUGAUCUCUCUUCCUUGCCUACCCCCACUUCUCCUCCACCUACUCCUCAUCCCCACCAAGGGGUCAGUGACCCUCCGCUUGCACAUCUCAGUGACCGGCACCUCAGGACUGCCUAAGGAAACCCAGGUUUGA